AUGCACAUCUACACUCUACCAGUUGCCGCUGCUGCAUUCACUGCUGCUAUUCUCGCUGCCAACCCCAGAAGCGAUGAAUCUUCAGCGCUGCCCACCAUCAACCUCGACUACACCACAGUCCAGGCCAUCGAUGGCAACACCACCGUCGGGUACUACAAAUUCCAGAACAUCCGCUACGCCAAGCCUCCCACAGGAGACCUCCGUUUCGCUGCACCAGAAUGGCCUGACGUUGAGACCGAGAUAAACACUGGCAACCUUGCAAACACGAAUGUCGACUGCACGUCGUCAGAGGACUGCUUGUUUGUCGACGUGUGGGCUCCCGUCGACGCCGUCGGUCGUAAUCUGCCAGUGCUGGUCUACAACUACGGAGGCAGAUUCAAGCUCGGAUCCAAAUCUGUAAACACUCCCGAAGGUCUCUUUGAAGUAUCGACGGACUUUAUCUACGUGUCCUACAACUACCGUCAUGGACUCACGGGUGUAGCCACUGGUCCGACAUAUCAACACGAAGGUGGCGUUUCCAACCUCGCCAUUUGGGACGCCACACACGCCUUCGAGUGGGUACAAAAGUACAUCCAUAACUUCGGUGGCAAUUCGCAUGACGUGACGGCAGUGGGUUUCUCUGCAGGAGGCUCCCAGAUUGCGUUCCAGAUGACCCGAUUCGGUGGUAGAGCUCCUCAAUUAUUUCAGAAAGCCUACAUCAUGUCUCCUGGAUACCUUCCGAGCGCUGGUCACCACCACGCGGAACAAUUCUGGCAGAACGUAUCGAGUGCAGUGGGCUGUGACGGGGGACACUUGGACUGUAUGCGGCAGGUUCCAUUUGACACUUUAUCGAACGCUACGGCGGAGAUUGUGAGUUCGUAUUCGUACACACUGCAGCCUCGUGUGGAUGGAUACAUCCUUCCGGAUACGUACGAGGCGAGUUUGUACCAGGGCCACUUCAACUUCUCUGGUCCGGUUGUUCUCACCCACGCUCGGCAUGAAUUUAACAGCGUCGCCUAUGAUGGCAUUAAGACCGAAGAGGACAUCUUCGCUACCUUCCGCGUUCUAUUCCCUGCUCUGACUGAAAAUAUUAUCCACGAACUACUCGAGAUGUAUCCGGCUGCAGACUACGAGAGUGCAGGACUGCGUUUCAAUGACAUCCGCCAGUCGUACGAAGUUACUGCGAAAAACUAUGGUCUAUGCAACGCCCUCAACAAUGAAACAUGGAACGCUGAGAUCGCCAUUAGCCCCGCGAAGCACGGCACAGACCAGACCUACUACUUCUAUAACACAAACUCGCUUAUGGGUUCGUCGAACGGGACGACAACAGGUUUCAGCGCUGCAGAGGCUGCUUUGGUUGGUGCUAUUACAUCGCCAGUGAACGCCGCGGUUGCGAGAAUGAUGCAGAAAUACCUGCUGUCCUUCGUGCUGGCAGGCAACCCGAACACUGUGUGGCCCGAUGACAAGUUGUAUUGGCCGCAGUACAACGAUCCCAGUUUGGGGACGCAGAUUGUGAUCAACGAGACGUUCUCUGUCGAUGAGUAUGCGCUGGCCAACGCGAAGAGUGUGCACUGGAACAAGGCCCUCUGGUACUAA